UCCCUGCCCCCACAGGCUCCCUGAUGUCCGUGAACCCCGGCAUGGCUCGCUGGAUCAAAGAGCUCUUCUGCCACAAUGAGCGGGUAGUCCUGACCGGGGACUGGAAACAUGGCUUCUUCUCACUGACGGCCGUGGGGGCCACCAACGUGGGCUCCAUUCGCAUCUACUUUGACCGGGACCUGCACACGAACAGCCCUCGGUACAGCAAGGGCUCCUACAACGACUUUAGCUUCGUGACGCACACCAACAAGGAAGGCGUCCCCAUGCGCAAGGGCGAGCACCUGGGCGAGUUCAACCUGGGCUCCACCAUCGUGCUCAUCUUCGAGGCCCCCAAAGACUUCAACUUCCAGCUGAAAGCAGGACAGAAAAUCCGCUUUGGGGAGCCUCUGGGCUCUCUCUAGAGCCUCUUUGUGGCUGCUGAGGGCCUUUUCCGAAUAGAACCUGACUCUCCUAGAGGCAAAAUGCCACGAGGCCGUCCGGGUGGGGGGAUCUUACCAGGUAGGACUGGAAUGAUUCCAUUCCCACCUGUCUCAGAGGUGCAGACAAGAGGUUCUGGAUCCUUCCCAUGAGGUGGUCAGAGCCCCUGCCAUGCCCUCAACCUGUGCUGUUCCCUCCCCCCGCUGAGCAUCCGGUCGGUCCACCGUCGUUUCAAGGCGAUGACUGGUAACCAUGUAGUGUCUUGCUGCUGCUUCCCUCACCUGGGCCAUUUUCUGUCGGCCCUUUUUGCUUUUUUUUGGCCUUAACUCCCUGCACAGGGUGAGGUGCCUCCUUGGCACGGACUGUGGACACUGCCCCCCCACGGGGCCACACAGCCUUCAUGACAACUGCUUUUUCUUCCCAAAUUUACUUCAUUCGGCUCAUUGGAAAAAGCGGAAUCUUUCUUUGCACUUGUAGCUGAGCGCAUCACCCUGGACCUGCUGCUGUCUUCUGAGGACAGUGACUUACGAUGUAGACCGGCCUUCUGGAGCUGGCUUCUCUGUGUGGCAGGCAGGUGGCCCAGGGAAGAGCUCGUGUCCCCCUCCCUGUAUCCAGCCCCACGUGGAAUGUGGGAAGUUGCUGCCGUGGUGGAGGCAGAGGGAUCAGUGCCUAGAAACCCUGCCCCAGUUAGCGAGUACUCAGGCCGUGGGGAGCCCCUGAGGGUGAGGACAGGGCCAGAUUUCAUAUGGCUGCUAGGGACACCGUGGAUUUCUCCUGCAGGAGAAGUCAUGGAACUCUUUCAACUGUAUCAGUAGCACAGUAUUUUUGUAUGAAAAGUGGGAGACUUCUGAACAGUAAUUCAUUUAAUUGCAAAACAUUUUGAAAUAAAAA